UAAGAACAACGCGAUGUUUCGAUUUGUCUCCAACGCUAGCCUUGUCUUUUGGAUGGUGUUCAUUCCAUCUGUAUUCCGCUAUCAGAGCUACUGUCAUCAAAUAAUGGAUAAAAUUCAGAGGAAAAUCCUAUCUGAGCGCGAUAUGGACUUAAAUGCAGAAGAAAAUACAAGUUUUUCAGGAAAACGUCUGGAAGAACGCAGUAUAUCAUCUUUGCGUGAUAUAACAUUGGGAGUCUAUUCCCAUGUUUUGAGAAAGAAAAGAGAAUUACAAGAAGAAGUUUGUAGUUCGGCUGCUUCAGAUUUUAAAUGUAGUGAUGCAGAAAGAUCCUGCCGAGAUCGAUGUGGUGAUAGAGUGACUAUCGAAAAUGCGACGCAGUUUUACUGCCAUUGUGAUGAAAUAUGUUCGCACUAUGGUGAUUGUUGCCGAGAUUAUGGGUACCAAUGUCAAAAUUGUAACGCUACUGAAAGAGGUAUCAUCGAAUCUAACCAGACCCUCAUUGAUAUCGGAAAUGAUAGUUGCGCGCCUGUUUUUGUUGAUAAAACACAACGUGCAAAUUACCAAUGCAGGCGUGUUCAGGGAGUCGUGCGGGUGUACCUUAAAGUAAGUUGUCAUGCGGACUAUAAGAAUUCUGCAUUGGAGAAGAAAUGCUUAAGUGGAGAUGAGCCCUAUUCAAAAAUUCCGUGCUACGAUGUCAUUAAAAAUGAACAUUACAAGAAUAAAUACUGUGCCGAGUGUAACUUCGUUGAUGCAGCGCUGUCUUGGAGACUGAAAAUCGAAUGCAUAAAUGAGGAUUUCUUGAACGGUUUAAAUCUUGGAAGCUUGAAUACUCUAAGCAUUAUGGGAUUAAUAGAAGAUACAAUAGAACUUGGUCGUGGGUGUAGAAUCGAGUAUUUGGAACCUUUGUUGGACACGUUUGAGAACGUCCCACAGGUACGUCCAUGCAUCAGUACUCAGUUUGAGUGUGAAUAUUGUGAGGACACAACUCUGGCAGCACUUUGCCAUACCUACGGGUUAGACCCAAUUGAUGAUUGGAAUGUUUAUCACAACCUUUAUUGUUGGAAAUGUAAUAAACAGUUCGGAAGACCGAGAGGGCAACCGUACCCUCAACUAUGUCAACUUGUCCAAUUCGGAAAUAGGCAGGACCCGUUUAAAGAUCUUACGAUACUUUCGUUUCAAAUUCUAAUGGACGUUACAGGAGACACCAUCAACGUAAGAACUGUCGCUGAUCAGCCAAGUACGAAAAUAGCUGAAGUGGAGCUUUCCUGUUCCGGUGACUCGUUUCAAUGCCAAUUGAAGCGUUGUCAUGGCAAUUUGACAAGAGUUGGAGAUGAAUGUGUUGUGAAGGGGUUUGAGAGAUCGAGGAGUUCAACGGUGACCUCAAUAACUACAGAACGGAAGAUAAAAGCGGCGGCAAGUGCUAUGGCCGAUAUUUCACCGUUACUGAGGUGGAUUUUGAUCCCCGCAAUCAUCAUGCAAUAAUAGUCUCCCGUGUUUGUUUCACCCGAGUGAGCAACUUGAGAAUAUUGUUUAUUGCUUUUUCUCUCUACCUUAUUCGGCGUGUUAUAUGAAGCUUGGACAAUUUCUAAAGACAAAUUCCUGAAGCUGAACACUUAUUAAAUUAUUUGUAUACAUUCAUCAAAACAUCGAUGGAUCAAGAUGGCAUUGGUAGCUCGAAUGACUCAGCACUUAAAAUUAAAGUUUGCAUCACGGCCUUUACCAAAAUGCAGUGUUGACGAAACAAGACAAGAUUUGUCCAAUUCAUAUUUACUACAAUACAUAAUAAAUUACGCCCUGGACUCAUGCAUUGCAGUGCAGUGUAAAUAUAUGAAAUACUGUGUUCAAACUGGCUGGAACCGGACACACCUUGCCUAGUUAUGUGUGAAUUAAGGAGUCAAGCCCUGGACUCUAAGCAAUGUGGAUUGAAUCAUUCCUCCAAAAGGUGUUAUUUCUAUCCA